AUGAUAAAUCCGCAUAAGCUAUUCCCAGCAUUUGACUACAAACGCGAUGAUUUGGACGCGUACCUCAAACGGUUCGAACACCUCGCCGUGGCGCACAGCUGGCCAAAGGAAAAAUGGGCCACUGCUUUGAGUAUGUGUCUAGGCGGAGAGGCACUGAACGUUUUCGGACGAUUAUCCCCGGCGGAUUCAAUGAAAUAUGAUCAAGCCAAGCUCACGCUACUCCAAAGCUUUCGCUUCAUAGCGGAAGGCUACCGUGAAAAAUUUCGCGAGAGCAAACCUCUAGACGGUGAAACUGGAAAGCAGUACGCCGCGCGACUCUCCAGUUUUUUCGAUCGCUGGAUGGAAAUGUCCGAAACGGCCGGAAAGUUUGAGAGUGUACGAGACAUUGUUGUCGCAGAACAAUUCCUCAACAACUGCCACAGCCAGUUGGCGUUGUUUGUGCGCGAGAGGAACUGCAAAACACUGAGUGUAAUGGCCGAGGCGACAGACCAUUAUCUCGAAGCGCAGCGUCAGCGAAACUUGCUGUUGUUCAGGAAAUUGCCGGAAUCAGAGAAAUCAAAGGGCGAGAGUGGAGAAGCCACCAAGAAGCCUCCAACCAGAUGUCUCGUUUGUGACAAAAAGGGACACAAAGCAUCUGACUGUCUCUCAAAGCCCACACAACUGUACUGCGUAUACUGCCGUAGGCCAGGGCAUGAUUUGAAGACGUGUACGAAAAGUAACGAUCCAAGGGAAGCUUCUUCGUGUGUAUCUCCUAAGAACUUUCGCCAUGAGACACAACAAGCCGGGAGACACAAACCUAAGGAAAAAAAGGCGGCCAAAGAGGUUGCAGAUGUUGCCCGAAAGAGGACGAUUGAAACAUACGACAUGCCUGUCGUGGAAGGUGAACUGUUAGGACAGGCUGUUUUGGUUUUAAGAGACACUGGCAGCAACACCCUGAUUGGUACCGCGAUCGUAAAAUACCUAGAGGCACCGCUUUAUGACGUCAUAGUGGGAAAUGUUCCCGGCUCGCACGAUGCCACUUGUCCCGACCCAUACUGGAGGGGAUCGUCCCAACUUGCUGUAAUUCCGACGUGUUACGACAAAGUCGGUAGUGAGACUGAAGGUCAUGAACCAGCCUUAGUUUUGGCGGGAACAAGUUAUGCUGCUCAACGUCGCAGGUGCUCCGUUGUGGACAUCGGUUCUCUACAGAUGACGAAGAAGACAUUUCAAGAAGAACAAGGAAAAGAUGCAUCUUUGCAAGGUUGCUGGGCAAAAGUAGGAAAAGUAUUUCCUGGCAAGGGGGACACCUCACACACGUUCACGGUGGACAAGAGGAUCUCGUUCCGCUGUUAUCAGCUGUCACGAGGCAAGAUCUUGAAACAGGCGGUACUGCCUAAAGUUUUGCGGGCUCAGGCAUUAAACAUGGCCCACGAAAGUCCAACGGCAGGGCAUCAAGGCAUAAAGAAGACCACCGACCGCAUCCUGGAAGCAUUUUAUUGUCCAGGUGUACAGAACGAGGUCCGAAGAUUUUUCAAGUCAUGCGAUGUCUGCCAAAAGACCUUUCCUAAGGGUAAGGUGGGCAAGGUCCCGCUUGUUCGCAUGCCAUUGAUCGACACACCGUUCGAGCGCGUCGCCGUAGACGUUCUCGGUCCGCUGUCGCCAACAUCAGCUAAGGGGAACCGCUACAUUCUCUCGUUGGUCGAAUUUUCCACACGUUAUCCAAACGCCGUAGCACUGCCGUCAAUAGACUCAGCCACUGUGGCAGAGCGACUCGUGGAGAUGUUCUCCCGGAUAGAAUUUCCUCGCGAAAUUCUUUGUGAUCGUGGCACUUGUUUCACCUCUGACCUGAUGAGAGAGGUCAACGACCUUUUAGCAAUCAAACAUCUCAGCACAACUCCCUACUAUCCGAUGUGCAAUGGGAUGGUUGAGCGGUUCAACGGCACCCUAAAGCAAAUGUAG